AUGGCAGAUCCAAGAGACGAGAAAGAAGAGGUCGACGCCAAGGAGAGGGCGGCCAUUGUCACGCUCGACCGGCCCCAGGGUGAGACGACUCAGACAACCCUGUUCAGCCUGUUUAACCGCGGCGUCGAGAAACAGAAUCCCAAUGACAUUGCUACUCAGCCAAGUGUCUUUGACGACCCUCAGCAAGCCCCGCACUUCCAGCCGCAUCCCAAGUAUGAGAACCUUCACCGGUUUGACCCAAUGUUUACUUGGACGUGGGGCGAGGAGACUCCUCUUGUCAAAAAGCUGGACUUGAGGGUUACGUUUUGGGCUUGGGUUGCAUUCAUGGCUUUGAACAUGGACCAGGCCAGCUUGGGACAGGCCAAUGCAGACAACUUCCUCGAUGACCUGAAGCUGGAUACCAAUGACUACAACCUUGGUGUUACCCUGUUCAGAGUGACAUUCCUUCUCGCCGAGAUCCCAUCCCAGCUCGUCAGCAAGAAAGUCGGCCCCGAGAAAUGGAUCCCUACCCUGAUGCUGUCUUGGUCUAUGGUCGCCAUCUGUCAAUUCUGGCUCAGCGGCCGCUCAUCCUUCCUCGCUUGCCGUGCCUUGAUGGGUCUUCUCCAGGGAGGCUUCAUCCCAGACCUGGUCCUCUACCUCUCGUACUUCUUCAAGGCGACAGAGCUUCCUAUUCGGAUGGCGAUUCUCUGGACGGCUACACGUCUGAGCAGCGUCGUUGCUCCGCUGCUUGCCUAUGGUGUUCUCAGACUAAGAGGUGUCCACGGCUACUCUGGUUGGAGAUGGCUCUUCCUGACCGAAGGCCUGCUCAACUUUGUCAUUGCCUUCGGAUCCAUCUUCAUGAUGGUACCCUCAGUGACCCAGACAAAGAGGCCAUGGCGCAAAGACGGCUGGUUCAACGAGCGCGAGGAAAAGAUCCUCGUGAAUCGCAUCCUUCGCGACGACCCGUCCAAGGGCGACAUGCACAACAGACAGCCCAUCACCUUUAAGCUGUUCUGGAAUUCUCUUUGCGACUUUGACCUCUGGCCCAUGUACUUCUUGGGCCUGACAUUCGUCUUGCCGUCUAUGCCGCCGGCUCAGUACCUGACCCUCACGUUGCGUCAGAUUGGCUUUGACACGCUCAGCACGAACUUGUUGACUAUUCCAGCUCAGCUGGGGACUACCAUCAAUAUGCUGUUGGUCACCUAUAUCUCUGGCAAGAUUGGGCAGAGGGCUCUCAUCGGACUCUUCACCCAGCUUUGGUUCCUCCCGUGCAUUGUAGCCCUAGCUGUCCUGCCUGCCGACAUGAACAAAUGGGCCAUGUACGCCCUGGUGACGGUGCUCCUCUCAUAUCCGAACCCCCACCCCCUCCAGACAGCUUGGUGCUCACACAACUCCAACUCGGUCCGCACCCGAGCCCUAUCAGCCUCGCUCUACAACAUGUCUGUUCAGCUGCAGUCAAUCAUCGGUUCCAACAUCUACAGAGAAGACGACAGACCAGAAUAUCGCCGUGGUAACCGGGUCCUAAUCGGUAUUAACUGUCUGAACAUUGUCCUCUACAUACUUAUCAAGGUUUAUUAUACCUGGAGGAAUAAGCAGAAGGAGAAGAAGUGGAAUAGCAUGACGACGGAGGAAAAGAUCCGGUAUCUUGAGACGUCCACUGACCAGGGAAGCAAGCGGCUUGAUUUCCGCUUUGUUUCUUAA